AACGGUAGAUAGCAUCACAUGUCGCUUUGCACAUUGUCGUCAUUUGUCUUCGCUGUUUGUGUUGAAUUGGUAUCGGGCAGUAUCGGACGCACGAGGGUGAACAGCACUGCGAAAAAAGCUUCAUCCGCGUGGGUCCGUAUCGUAGUUUCCCACUUUCCAUUGAGGAAUAUGGCAGCCAAAAUGAAUUAUUUCGAUCCGCCGAGUUCCGCGAGUUCCGAAAGCGAGGAUGGAGAGGUUUGUUUAGGCGAUCGGGAAAUAAGCCUCGUUGAUGAUCUCAGCGAAGAUGCUGAACAUUAUAAACGCUCUGACAUCGGGACAGCAACGCCGCAGUCUCCCCGGCCGCCUUCCACGGAGCCAGUUUGGAGUACCUGUAUCUGGCAGAUAGGAUGCAGUUGGCGCAAUGAAGUAGAAACCUUGUGCAAUUUAAGGAUGAAAUCUAAGAUUCCUAAAAGUUCUCAAAUUUCACCAAGGUCGCGGAGACAACGAACUACUAGCUUGUCUCAGUCUAGCAAGAAGACUUCCGCCGAAUCCAUCCUUAGAAGUAAGACAAGAACAAUAUACACAGCAGGUAGACCACCAUGGUACAACUCGGCUGGGCAGCAAGUAGAACCGUUUGUAAUAGGAAUCUGUGGAGGCAGUGCAUCUGGCAAAACCACAGUUGCAACAAAAAUUAUAGAAUCUUUGGAUGUACCGUGGGUAACAUUACUCAGCAUGGAUUCAUUUUACAAAGUAUUGAAUGAAAAGCAACAUGAAAUGGCUGAACGUAAUGAGUACAAUUUUGAUCAUCCAGAUGCUUUUGACUUCGAGCUCCUUAAAACAACAUUGCAACGUUUAAAGGAAGGCAGAAUGGUGGAAGUUCCUAUUUAUAAUUUUGUAACACAUUCUAGAGAAAGUAGAACAAAAACAAUGUAUGGUGCCAACGUAAUUAUAUUUGAGGGAAUAUUGACAUUCUAUGAUGUCAAUGUUUUAAAGAUGUGCGACGUCAAGGUAUUCGUUGAUACCGAUGCUGAUGUAAGGCUUGCAAGGCGAUUACGGAGGGAUAUAUCCCAAAGAGGAAGGGAUUUAGUGGGCGUUUUGAAGCAGUACAGCACAAUGGUGCAACCAGCUUUUUACUAUUACAUAGCGCCGUCAAUGGUUCACGCGGACAUUAUUGUGCCGCGUGGCGGAGACAAUGAGGUUGCGAUAGAAUUGAUAGUACAACAUAUACACACUCAACUGCAGCUCAGAGGUUUCAAACUCAGAGAAAAGUUAGCACAUUCAUAUAUUGGUCAACCAUUGCCAUCUUCCCUCUACAUGCUUCCGGAUACACCACAGAUUAAGGGUCUGCAUACCUUUAUAAGAAAUAAGGAAACCUACAGAGAUGAAUUCAUAUUUUAUUCAAAGCGUUUAAUACGCUUGGUCAUUGAAUAUGCGUUAUCUCUAUUGCCCUUUGAGGAUGUAACGAUAGAAACACCUCAAGGAGUGCUAUAUCAAGGGAAACGUGGUGCUACGGAUAAAAUAUGCGGUGUAUCCAUUCUGCGAGCUGGUGAGACCAUGGAGCAAGCUGUUAGGGAUGUUUGUAAGGAUAUUAGAAUAGGGAAGAUACUUAUACAAACGAACCAGCAGACCGGAGAGCCCGAGCUGUACUACCUUCGAUUACCAAAGGAUAUAAAAGACUACAAAGUAAUAUUGAUGGACGCGACGGUGGCGACAGGUGCUGCUGCCAUCAUGGCUAUCAGAGUUCUCUUAGACCACGAUGUAGCCGAAGAAAAUGUGUUGCUGGUAUCAUUACUUAUGGCAGAAUCUGGUGUGCACUCGGUUGCCUACGCUUUUCCACAUGUUAAAAUCGUCACGUCCGCCUUGGAUCCUGUGGUGAACGAGAAAUUCUAUGUUCUACCCGGUAUCGGCAACUUCGGCGAUCGGUACUUCGGAACUGAACCAUCCUUAAUUGAGAAUUAAGGCAACUUAAGGCGAUUUAAGUUCUUCGGUUAUCGUUACUUAAUCCGUUUUACAAAAUGAACGCCGUCGUUUCGAAUAUAAUUUAUAAACUUUAUGUUACGGGAUGUGUGUAUAUGUACCGUUUAUGUCUUGUGUCUAUAUGUGUUUGUACAAAUUA